UGCCCGGGCAUGUGAGCGCGGUGGCUUCCGGGCGGGACACGUGGGAGCGGCGGCGACUCCGGGCGGGAUGCCUCCCGGCAAAGGGCAGAUGACCCCGCCGCUGCCCACCCCAAAGGACACCGUGUCCACCUCCCAGGGCACCCAUGGCCCUGCCGCGGGGGGCGGUGCUCAGCCCCCCAGCAGCAAGAAGAAAAGCCGCAAGCACCAGAGGUUUAUGGAGCGCCGGGCACUGCUGGAGCAGAAGGGGUUGCUGGGCCGGCGCCUGGGCAGCCGGGCCACCGGGGCAGGGCCAGAGGCACGCAGCACGCUGACCAAGGCAGAUGGCACCACAGCACCACGCUGCAGGAAGGUCCCCAAACUCAAACAGGUCGUCACCCCAUCCCUGUCCCCAUCCGCCUCUCCGGACAGCAUCGCCAGGCAUCACUCCAUGCUGCUGUCCCAGGGGAACGGCAGCUCCAAGGGGGUGAGGACGUCCCCGCCGCUCCUGCGCCCGGGCAAGUACGUGGCCAUCGACUGUGAGAUGGUGGGCACGGGUCCUCAGGGCAGGCUGAGCGAGCUGGCACGCUGCUCCGUGGUGAACUAUGAGGGGGAUGUCAUUUAUGACAAGUACGUUCAGCCUGAGCUCCCCAUCGUGGACUAUCGGACACGCUGGAGUGGCAUCACCAAGCAGCACAUGAAGAAUGCCAUUCCCUUCAAGACUGCCCAGGCAGAGAUCCUGAAGAUCUUGAAAGACAAGAUUGUGGUAGGACACGCCAUCCACAAUGACUUCCAAGCCCUGAAGUACUUCCACCCUAAAGAGAGGACCCGAGACACCAGCCGGAUCCCUGUGCUGAACCAAAAGGCUGGGCUACCUGGCAGGGCCAGUGUUUCACUCAAGAGCUUGGCCAGGCACUUGCUUCAGAAGAAGAUCCAGGUCGGCUGCAAGGGGCACUCAUCGGUGGAGGACGCUCAGACAGCGAUGGAGCUCUACAGACUGGUGGAGGUGCAGUGGGAGACAGAGCUGGCACAUAGCCUGCCCCCCCAGCCCCCCAGCCCUGUCACAGACCCCACUGCAGACAGCAGACAGUACCUGGAUGACCAGUACUGGCCUACAGACCUGAUAGCAAGCCACCUGUGAUGGGAGACAGCAUCUCCUCCACAUGUUUUUGGCUGUCCUGGUGCCUUCAGCUAUUAAAAGUGGAGGUGGCUGCUGUCCUCCUUCCCCGGGGCUUGUGCCCCAUGGGCUCUGCCUCGUCCCCAGCCCCGCUGAGGGCAGCAGUGCAGGGGAAGUCUGACACCCCCAGCCCUGCUCGGGGAUGGAGAAGUGGUGACCCUUGAGCAGUGGUAAUGUCCUGAAAAGAAAUAAGCACUGAACACAGCUUCACUGUGUUCAUGUGUCACUUGAUGCUCGGGGAUGAGCAGGGUCCUGGUGUCAGACUGGAGAAGCCUCCAUGGGCAUGCCAUACCUGUGGUGGGGAGUUUGGGCACCUCCUUUGCUCUCUGUGAAGGGAGUGCCCUCAUGCUGGGCAGGGGGCAAGGAUUGAGAUCUUACUGAUGGUCAAAGGCUGCAAACCCUCUGUGGCCAGUUAAACAACCAGUUCCCUUCUUGCUUUCUUUGCACAGUGAAGCUCAAAAAGAAAAUCUCAGUCUAAUCAAUGCCCAGGCUGGAUAAGAGCAUAGGAUGCACUUAGCUUUAAUUUGACUAUUCACAUAAUUGUCCAAUUCUGCAUUAAAAAUUGUUCUUGCUAAACCCA